UCCCACAUUGAGAGAGACAAGACUCACGUGCUCCCAUAAAGUGCCCUGUCCGACAUCCCUCUCACUCAGCCUUUCAUUCCUUCCUUCCUUACUUCACUCUGUUAUCUCUGUCCGCUCGGUCCUCCCUCUCAGUCUCUUCCUCGCUUUCUGCCAGAUGAAGUGAAGACCCAUCCUGGCUGUCUUUCCCUCUCAGUGUGAAUGAUUAGCGCUUCUAUCGUUUCAACCCACUCACUCACCCUUUUACUUUUAGGUCUGAUUUUGACCGUCGUAACUCGCCAUUGAUGCUUUCACUUGCUGGAGAACACGCCUUAAGUUGCACUGGUGCAAAACCUUUUUCAAACUAGACAUGAUGAUGUGGGGACGGACGAUGGAGAGCUUUUCUUCUGGGUCUGAGAUGUCCUGGGGAACGGCUAUCUUCUCUACUGUAGGUUCCCUCGUCGCAGCCAUGAUGGUGUUUCGCUCUAUGGCCUACAACCUCUUCCCCAAGGAGGUCUUGGAGUACUUCAACGCAUCCAUCAAGCACUACAUUGCUCGGUUGACCUUCCGACUCACGCUCGUGAUCGACGAAUAUGAAGGCCUCGAAAUGAACGAAGUGUAUGAGGCAGCUGAGCUGGUGUUUGCCUCAAGGAUUUCGACCGGCUUAACUCGUCUGAGAGUCUCAAAGCCUGAGAAGCAGAAGGAGUUCAGUGUCUUGAGGGAGACCAACACAGAGAUUGUGGAUAAGUUCAACAGGGUCGAGCUUAGGUGGGUUCCAUCAUUCAGGAAGGUCGAUACGAUGAAGGUCAAACAGGAGGUUGGGGAGUCAAGUUAUAUUGGAAAAAUUCGAUACUUUGAGCUAAGCUUCCAUAAGAACCAUAAGGAUAUGGUGAUCAAUUCGUACUUGCCUCACUUAAUCGAAGUGGCAAAGUCCCUGAAACAACAGAAGAAGACACUCAUACUCUUCACCAACUCUGGAAAAGGAGGUUAUAGUUAUUAUGAUUAUGAUAGCAGGCAAAGGGUGUGGACCUCAGUGAACCUCGAUCACCCAGCCACAUUUGAAACCCUCGCCAUGGAAUCGAGGAUAAAACAUGCAGUUUUAGAUGAUGUCGAUCAGUUCGUUAAGAGGAGGGACUACUACCGGAGAGUAGGGAAGGCUUGGAAGAGAGGUUACCUUCUCUAUGGACCCCCGGGGACAGGGAAGUCGAGCCUGGUGGCAGCUAUGGCAAAUUACCUGAAAUUCGACAUCUAUGAUUUGGAGUUGACCGCUGUACACAGCAACUCAGAACUCAGGAAGCUGCUAGUUGCGACGGGGAACAGGUCGAUCCUGGUGGUGGAGGACAUCGACUGCUCAAUUGGGUUCCACCAUCGCUCGACCAAGGCCAACCAAGGGUUGAUUAAUGCGAGAAAAAAGAAGCGUGACGAGGUGACACUGUCUGGAAUGCUCAACUUCUUGGAUGGGUUAUGGUCGAGUUGUGGAGAUGAGCGGAUCAUCGUGUUCAUGACAAACCGCAAGGAGAAGCUCGACCCGGCCCUUCUACGACCAGGAAGAAUGGAUUUCCAUGUCAUGAUGUCCUACUGCACCCCAUGUGGGUUCAGGCAGCUCUCUUCCAACUACCUCGGCCUUGGUGACCAUUUCUUGUUCAGAGACAUUGAGGAUCUGCUCAUAACCGCAGAGAUCACGCCCGCAGAAGUUGCAGAGCAGCUGCUGAGGGGUGGGGUCGAUACCAAUGACGUGCUACGGCACUUCAUUGAGUUCCUUAAGGAGAAGAAAGAAGACAUGGAGCUUAAGGCGAAGAAGAUUCGGACAAAGAAGGCCAAGAAGAAGAUUGAAGGAAAACUAGAUGAAAAGGUCUUGUUCAAAGAGAUCAAGGACCUGAUCAGAAGCACUAAGGUUACAACAGCCGAAAUGGUGCAUCAGCUGCUAAUGAAUGAGGACAAUCCCACCAAUGCGUUUAUGAACUUAAUCGAGUUUCUCAAGGUGAACAAGAGGCAAACUGAAGACCUCGAAACUGCUGCAUCGACUGAAGAAGAUUCAGACUUUCUUUUGUCCUCAGAGGAUUCAGAAAUAGAACUGUGAUGACUACAUCGACUAAUUUACCAGCAUAGUAGUUAAUUCAGCUUUUAGUAGCCAAAUUAUGCAUUCCGUUGGUUUUAGGACUAAAUACCGUGAAGUUUUAGGAUCAUUAAUGCAUUCCGUUAACUAGGACGAGAUUAUAUAUAUGUAUAUAUAUUUUGCUUGUGAUUCAAGGGGAUUUUAGGAAACUAAGGUUGAGGAUGCCCCCGGGCCCCGGAAAUUUCUGGAUUUGAUUCAGUCCCUGCAAGUUUCUGUGUUA